CAAGUUACCUGGGACUGAAAAUAUUUUUAGUAAUGUGAAACUUGGCGGGUUUAUAAAAGUAUUCGUAUUUUUUAUACAAAAAAAGAAAACAUGGCUGUGGUGAACAUAUUAAUAGUUUUAGCUUUUUGUUGGUUGGUCGCAGUCGCAGCUAGCCCUGAAGAGGACAACCUAAACGAACACAAUCGGUUGAGAGAAAAGCACGGCGUUCCUGCGCUAACGUUGGACGACACUCUAUCCAAGGGAUGCGAAGAGUAUGCGCAAGUUCUAGCCGAAAAAGGAUCACUGGCGCAUUCAGGUGAUGGCCGAAAAUAUGGUGAAAACUUAUGCCUUAGGUCUGAAGAACCUCUUAAAUGUGUUCAAGACUGGUACGACGAAAUCAGAGCGUACGAUUUUGAUAAAGCAGAGUUCAGCCUAGAUACCGGCCAUUUUACAGCAAUGGUUUGGAAGAGUGCAAAACAAAUGGGUCACGGCCAAGCCAAAAGUAAAAAAGGUGUCUACUUCGUGGUGGCAAGAUAUUAUCCACCAGUGAACAUUCUUGGGCAGUUCAAAGAAAAUGUUCCGAAGCCUAUCGAAGACGCUGAGAAUGACGAUGGUAAUGUUACUGCAGUUUGUGCUGCAACAGUUGAAGACAAGUCUUAUAUGGUACAAGCUAACGUCAUUCUAAUCUUGUUUGCUUUGUGUGUCCACCUCACUUAUUAAGGUCAACCCAUUUUUUCUUCCUUGGGCCUGCACCAAACAAAAACUUAAAGUUCACUUAUUCAAAAAAAAUAUUAGUUAAGUUUAAAUUCAUAUGUAUUUUUAAAUAAACUUUGG